ACCCCCUCUGCCUCUAGCCUCUCCUCCCGCCGCGUGGGUGCCAUGGCAACAGAGAGAGCCCUUGACCUGGCUUCCGGAAGCGGGAGAGCUGGAGCUCUGAAGCUACCCUGGUCAAAGGAUGCUGAGUCCGGAACGCCUAGCCCUACCGGACUACGAGUAUCUGGCCCAGCGCCAUGUCCUCACAUACAUGGAGGACGCAGUAUGCCAGCUGCUAGAGAACAAGGAAGAUAUUAGCCAAUUUGGCAUUGCCAGGUUCUUCACUGAAUAUUUUAACAGUGUUUGUCAGGGAACUCACAUUCUUUUUCGGGAAUUCAGCUUCAUCCAAGCCACCCCUCACAAUAGGGCAUCAUUCUUACGGGCAUUCUGGAGAUGCUUCCGAACUGUAGGCCAAAAUGGCGAUUUGCUGACCAUGAGGGAAUAUCACUGCUUGCUGCAAUUGCUGUGCCCAGAUUUCCCUCUGGAGCUCACUCAGAAAGCAGCCAGGAUUGUGCUCAUGGACGACGCCAUGGACUGCUUGAUGUCUUUUUCAGAUUUCCUUUUUGCCUUCCAGAUCCAGUUUUACUACUCAGAAUUCCUGGAGAGCGUGGCUGCCAUCUAUCAGGACCUGCUGUCAGGCAAGAACCCCAAUACGGUGAUUGUGCCGACGUCAUCCAGUGGGCAGCACCGCCAGCGGCCUACCUUGGGUGAGGCCAGCAUGCUGGAGGGCGUGGAGGCGUCACUGUUCUACCAGUGCCUGGAGAACUUGUGUGACCGGCACAAGUACAGCUGCCCACCCCCAGCACUCGUCAAAGAGGUCCUAAGCAACGUUCAGAGACUGACCUUCUAUGGAUUCCUCGUGGCCCUCUCAAAGCAUCAUGGGAUCAACCAAGCCCUAGGAGCUUUGCCUGACAAAGGGGACCUGAUGCACGACCCAGCUCUGGAUGAGGAACUAGAACGGCUGCUGGCGCAGAUCCCAGGCCUGGUCAACUCGGUCACUGCCGGUCCAGAGGCCAGCUGCCUGCCUACCCGGACCCCUCCCCGGGUCGGCUCGCCCUGGAGACCCCUGCAUCACGCCCGCAAAGUGGAUGCAGAGAGCGACGGCUCCACCGAAGAAACAGAUGAGUCCGAGACUUGAGGAGUCUGAAGGGUCCUGUCUACCAACGCCCAGUACCCAGCUCCC